AUGGACGCCCCCGAGCACCGCCAUGUACUCGAAGAAGGUGAAGAGAGAACGAGCUCACACCCUUUUUCCUGCUUGUGGCGAAGUCCAUCAAGUUCUUGCUCAAAGAUCUUCGUUUAUGGAAUCCGCCCUUUUUCCUGCUGUUUGUGAUUCGUUUGCCGUCUCAGGCCACGAGGAAGAGCACCAUGAGAAGAAAUCGGUUCUAAAGAAGGUGAAGGAGAAGGCGAAGAAGAUAAAGGAGACGAUCGGUAAGAGGAAGCACGAGCAUGGGGAGGAACACCACCGCGACGACGAAGAGGAAGAGGAAGAAGGACUCUCCGAGGAAGAGACGGAAGAGGAUGCAGAGGUCCACGGCGCCCCGGGUAUGCCAAAUCCAUCUCCUCCUUAGAAGCAGGAUGUCUAAUCACCGGGUUUUAGCAGUUGAUCAUGUCUCUAUGAGAGUUGCAGUGUACAAGAGUGAAGCUGCAUGGAGAUUCGUAGCGAGUCACGAGGAAGCUCCGCCGGAAGAGGGGGUCAAACUAGGCGCCGCCGCCGCGGGGAACCUGGAAGAGGACACCGGAGCGCCGAAGAUCGGAACCGAAGCGCCGCCGGUGCCCGGAAGCGACCGGUCCACCGGCCUUCCUUCUGCAGGUACUGGAAAACCCUUAGUAACCCGCCUAUUGAGCAUCAUUAUUUUUCUCUUGUAAUGCGUGCUCCUUGUCUUACAGGUGAACCCGAGCCUGGAUUUAUCAGUUCUUUCCAGGCCAUGUCGACGGAGGAUGGACCCAAGAAGGAAGAGGAGAAGAAGACGGAGCCUUCACCGGCGGAGUCCCCCGCCGCCACCAUUCGUGGAGAAGAGGCUCAGACUGCAUCCAAAGGAGAGACCGAACAGCUGCAGCCGCAAAGCGAAAUGAGCUACAAGGAGAAAAUAUCGUCGGCCCUCGUCGAUAAAGCAGUUCACGCGAAGGAGGCCGCCGUCUCCGCGGCGGUGGAAUCCGCAGAGUACGGGAAGAAGAUUGCCGAGACGAUGUACGAGAAGACGACGGGUGGGGGGACGGCUGCGGCGGCACCUCCGCCGCCGCCGCCGCAGCAGCAGCACCAGGAGGUGGCGAAUGAAGAACAACGGCGUCCAUCUGGAGCUGAAGGAACCCAACCAGCGGACAUGUGGGUAUCGAUGAAGGAGUACCUUGCGGAGAAGUUGAGCCCGGGGGAGGAGGACAGGGCCCUGUGCGAGGUAAUAUCGGAGACUAUCCAGAAGCGGAAAGAGGACGAAGGUGACAUCCGAGAGGAAGGGGAAGAAAAGCCGCCGCCGCCGCCGCUGGCGGCGGCGGCAACGCCGUCCGGAGAGAAGAAGUCUAGGAAGGGAGUGGUGGGCAAGAUAAAGGGUGCCGUCGCCUCCGUGUUCGGAGGACCGUACUCGUCGCAGACGAGAGCUAGAGAGGAGGCCACUCCCUCCUCUAAAGAAGAUGCUCCGAGACUUCAGGAGUCGACCAACUGA